AUGCGCUCUGCGCUCGCCAGCGACUCGGGUAUAAUCAGUCCCACCAAACCAUCGGCGGGGAAAAAGAGGGGGAGAAGAAAGACGGCAUUACCAAUUUCCGAUGACAGCUGCGCGUCAUCCUCCGGCACUGAGGUGCCGAAAAAGACGAUGGCCAUCGAGGAGGUGACUCCGGUGGUUCCGGGGCCUGCUACGUCGGAAGACGCGAUGCCCGCUCCCCAGUGGGUACCAGUGAGGAGGAGGGGCGCUGUGUCACCAGCGACGUCCGUGGAGUCGAUGUCGACGUCGGCCGCGUCCCUGGCUAGCGGGGACGAGACGUUCCGGGACCUCGACCUUGCACUGGUCAAUUUGGGCAAGCUGCUGUCGACUGUGGCUGCCAAGGGCGCCGAGCCAGGCAGCAGCUACCGGAAACGGCUCCGGGAGGCAGCCGCUAUGGUGAGAACAAGGCUGAUCCCCACCAUGUCCAAGCUUUAUGACUUGGUAGAGAGCCGAGAGGUGGAGAGCAAAGAUCUUGUCGCUCAUUGUGACUCCAGAGAGAGUCGCAUCUCGGGAGAUACCCCGGCCUUGCGGGGAGGGACUCCCCUGUUGCCGAGGCCGCCGCUGGCACGCUCUGGCCCCCCCGCGGGGGCGAUGGAUAUUGACGUGCACUUGCGGUCCGCUGUGAGUGUGACGGCGCAAAUGCCAGAGCCCAAUCCUGUGGCCCCUGUCCCGCUAGCGCCUAGCCCUGCGCUCCCUCGCCCUCCACGUAGGGUCGAGUUAAGGCCUGCGCCGCCUCCGCGGAUAUCGGCCGCCCCUGCGUCUACACGGAGAGGAAGGCUAAGCCCUGCGCCAGCGCGGGCUGAAGACAUCCGUUCGCCACUGGCGAGGAUGGUGGAUGAGUGGCCGGCGCUACCGCCGCCUCUUUCGCCCUCGCGUGCUGCGGGGUUGCAGGCUCGCGGGUCACACAACACGGCUGCUGGGAUGGUAGAGGUGGACUCCCUCCCAAGCAGAGAGGAAAUGGUGGCCUGUAUCUCGCGGGCGGUGGCGGUUGAGGUCGGCAAGCACUUUGCCGGCCUCGAGGAGAUGCUCCGUUCCUCGAUUGGUUCCGGAGACUGCAUCCCGGCGCCAACAGCCGCAGCCACCCCGCGGAGCCAGGCCGCCCGGCCGACCUCUAUCCCCACUCCAUCCGCGAGGUUGGCACGGCGUAGAGGCCGGGACCAAAACAACAAGGGUACGGGUGCCCAGAAUCCUGCCCCAAAAUCCCAACCCCGUCCCCUUCCUGCUCCCCCGUCAAGCAUGGACGAGGGCUGGACGGAAGUGGUGAAGCGGGGCAAGAAAGCAAGGCAGCAGACAGCGGCGCUGGCAGCUCCCAGAGGGGGUCGAGCGCCGACCGCUGCAGCACGAAGCACAGAGCUGGCGGCCGUAGCUGCUCCUCGAAGAGGACGAAUCGAAACUAAACAAUCGCCGCCCUCAGAAACCACAGCUACAGCACAGAGCGUGUGGACAGAAACAGCCGCGAAUACCGUAAUGAGUCUGGUAGCCCCCACAACAGAAUCAUCGUGCGCAACAGCCAACAUGGAAGCCACGACGAAAGUCGCAGAGAAACCUGGGAACUCAAAAACAGAGGCCGUCAAACAGUAUAUAGCCAAACAGAAUGACGUGCCAACAAAACAGCGCGCCGGUACAGUCAAAAGUGACCGGUCGCGAAACAGAAAAGAACAGAAGAUAGCCAAAGCUAGAGAAGAGCUCGCCCGCCUACAAGUGGAAUUGGCAGCCACCCGACUGGCCACGCUCGAAGCUGGAUCUGAUGACGAAAACAGCGAAUCAGAAUACAGUAAGUCAGAACUCGAUGAAAGAGUGGGCACGUGGUUGGAAACCCAACCCACAAAAACGGAAAAUCACGACCGACAUAAGGAAACACCGGCGGGAGCCUGCGACAAACAAGACUUCUCAGAUCUAACCGCAGCAAUAACACUCGCCGUCAAAGCCGCCCGCGAACCAAGAUACACAGAAUUGCCAUUCUUUAAUGGAAAUCACCAAGAUUGGCUAUCCUUUCGUGCAGCCUAUCACGAGACGAUGAAUUCAUUUACAAAAACAGAAAAUAUAAACAGACUCAGAAGGAGCCUGAAAGGAAGGGCAAAGGAAGCCGUUGACGGAUUACUUAUAACGAACGCUGAUCCGUCCGACGUCAUAAGAAGUCUAGAAGCGCGAUUCGGAAGACCGGAAACAAUAGCCAUAACGGAGUUAGACACGCUACGAGCGCUGCCAAGACUAACAGAAACACCAAGAGACAUUUGUAUAUUCUCCAGUAAGGUGACCAACGCCGUAGCUACGCUUCGUGCAUUAAAUUGCACACAUUAUUUAUAUAAUCCGGAAACUACCAAAACAAUGUUAGAAAAACUCACACCAACACUACGUUACCGAUACUACGACUUCACCGCGGUACAACCGAAGGAGGAUCCGGAUCUGAUUAAAUUUGAAAAAUUCAUGAAAAGAGAAGCCGAACUGUGCAGCCCUUAUGCACAGCCCGAACAGGCGGGGCACUACUCGCAGCCCGCACAACACAACAGACGCACACAGAACGUGCACAUAGUCAGUGAGAAGCCAUCACGAGCUAAAUGUCCGGUAUGUAGCAACACUGAACACACCACAACAGACUGCUACAUAUUCAAGAAGGCAGACUCAAACACAAGAUGGGACAUCGCUAAGAAUAAACACUUGUGUUUCCGAUGUCUCAAGUAUAGAAAUAAAACCCACCACUGUAAACCGAAGACGUGUGGCAUUAAUGAUUGCAAAUAUACUCACAACAAGAUGCUACACUUCGACAGAAAAAUUGAAAAAACAGACAACAGUGACAAGAAAACAACAGAGAACAUUAAUUCCGCUUGGACCGGAAAACAGAAACAGUCCUAUUUGAAAAUAAUCCCAGUCCAAGUACAAGGACCGAUAGACACGGUUGAUACAUACGCGCUGCUCGACGAUGGAUCAACGGUAACACUGAUAGACGAAAUCAUCUGCAAGAAGACUGGAAUAACAGGACCAAUCGAUCCGUUACACAUACAGGCGAUUAACAACAUAAAAUCAACGGAAACAAGGUCAAGAAGAGUCAACCUCACGCUCAGAGGCCUCAACAGUCGAAAAGAAAUAAUACAAGCGAGAACAGUUAACGACCUACAAGUAACAGAACAAAAAAUACCAAAGGAACAGAUAGAUGAGUAUUCGCACCUACGAGACAUCAGUGACAUCAUCACGUAUGAGAACGCGAAACCUGGAAUCCUGAUUGGCCAAGACAACUGGCACAUGUUACUAACUUCGAAAGUUAGACGAGGCAACAGGAAUCAGCCAAUAGCGUCACUGACACCUCUAGGCUGGGUAUUGCAUGGAGGUCGCACUCGUACCCUAGGCCACCACAUAAACUACAUAAAUCAUGCUAGCGAAACCCAGGAAGAUGAUAAAAUAGAAAAUCUGGUAAAACAGUAUAUCGCUAUGGAUGCGCUAUGCAUCACACCAAGAAGACCAAAAACAGACCCAGAGGAACAGGCGCUUCACAUCCUCAACAGAAAUACAGUCCACACAGCAGAUGGAAGAUACGAAACUGCUCUGCUCUGGAAAACAGAUAAUGUCAGUCUACCAGACAACUACAAUAACUCGUUAAAGCGACUGAUAAAUAUAGAAAACAAACUUGAUCGUAAUCCGGAACUGAAACAGAAAUACACAGAACAGAUGGAAGCACUCGUCGCGAAAGGCUACGCCGAGCCCGCUCCAAAAACAAAAACAGAGAACAGAACGUGGUAUCUACCUCACUUCGCCGUCGUGAACCCCCUGAAGCCGGAAAAACUCCGAGUCGUCCACGACGCCGCCGCCAGAACAAGAGGGGUAGCUUUAAAUGAUAUGCUGCUUAAGGGACCGGACCUACUCCAAUCACUACCAGGAGUGAUAAUGCGAUUUAGACAGCAUAAUAUAGCAGUAACAGCAGACAUAAAGGAGAUGUUCAUGCAAGUGAAAUUGAGACAUGAAGACAGAGACGCGCUCCGCUAUCUCUGGCGCAAAGAUCGCCGAGAUGACAAGCCCCCAGAAGAAUACAGAAUGACCUCGUUGAUCUUCGGUGCGUCAAGUUCUCCUUCCACAGCAAUAUAUGUAAAGAACUUGAACGCCCAGAAACAUGAAGCCACGCACCCGGAGGCGGCAGCCGCAAUACAGAACAAGCACUACGUAGACGACUACUUGGACAGCUUUAAAACUUUAAAAGAUGCAGUACGCAUAACAACAGACGUUCGUCGUAUACACGAAAAAGCUCAUUUUGAAUUAAAACAGUGGAAGUCAAACUCGCCGAGCCUACUUGAAACCCUUGGUGAAAACGAAAAUGGAAAUCAAGUGGAACUGUACAAGCCUGAAGAAAAAACUGAACGAGUACUCGGGCUCAUAUGGAAAACAGAAAAGGACGUGCUUACCUUCGACCUCAAUCUGACAAGAAUACCUCCACCGCUCGUCGAAGGCAAGGACCCGACCAAGAGAGAAGCACUAAAAGUCGUAAUGUCGUUAUUCGACCCGCUAGGCUUCGUGUCCCCAGUCACAAAUAGAGCAAAACAACUUCUGCAAGAAGUGUGGCGGCGAGGAACAUCAUGGGACGAUGAAAUAGAUAACGACCUGUCGACACACUGGCAGGCCUGGGUGAAGCAGCUGAGAAACUUGCACAAUAUAGCCAUCCCAAGAUGUUACUUAAACUACAGCGACACGACCACAUUACAGCUACACGUCUUCACCGACGCAAGUGAAUCCGCCUACGCUGCAGCACUAUACUGGCGAACGAUAAGUCCGAAUAAUAGAAUCGACGUGUCACUGAUUAUGAGCAAAGCAAAGGUAGCGCCCCUGAAACUCACUUCUAUACCGAGACUGGAACUACAAGCCGCCGCUCUCGGAACACGCCUCGCUGAAGCUGUAAUAGCGGAACACGACAGAAAGCCGGAUUCGAAGACCUUCUGGACCGACAGUAAGACAGUAUUAACAUGGAUAAGAACGGGAUCACGCUCGUACAAACCAUACGUCGCCCACCGCCUGGCUGCUAUAGAAGAUAGUUCAACAGUAAACGAGUGGCGAUGGGUACCCACGAAGCAUAACGUGGCCGACGACGCAACUAGAGACGUGCCAAUAUCGUUCGACAACGAACACAGAUGGUUCAGAGGACCGGAAUUCCUACACCAGCAAGAAGAAUCCUGGCCUACGGAAUCAGCAACAGCAACAAUAGAACCGACAGGCGAAGAAAAGAUACAUCACACGAUCGCCGUCAACCUUAAAAACAGACUAACUGAAGGUUUACCAGACGUAUCCCGGUUCUCGAAUUGGGAAAGACUCCGAUACACCACAGCCAGAGUCCUACAGUUUAUACAACUUUGUAGGCGCAGAACAGAACAGGUACACCAUAGAAAAAACAAAAGAAACAAAGAAGCAGACCCCGCGUGGGCCGAACGUAAACAACGAACAAUGGUUUCGCCGAAAUCCUUUAAAACCAAAACGGAAGAUAGAAAAUACCAUCCGAUCUCAGCUGAAACAUUGAAAGCGGCCGAGGAACUGCUUAUGCGCGGGACACAAGAAGAAAGCUUCGCUCAAGAAAUCAAGGACAUCCAACAACGAGGAGGCGUGAACCAGAAUAGCUGCCUCCACAAACUCAGUAUUGUAUAUGAGAACGGAUACCUACGAAUACGAAGCCGUAUCGAAGCAGCAGAACGAAUACCAACAGAAAUAAAGAGCCCGGUGAUCCUGGACGGAAACCACCUCACAACUAAGUUGUGGAUAAAAUAUAUUCAUCACAGAUUACAUCAUGCUGGAGUCGAAGCUCCAAUUAACGAGUGUCGUCAGCAAUACUGGAUAGUGCGUAUACGCCCAGUGGCUCGCACCAUAGUGAACAAAUGCCUACAAUGCAGAAUGAAGACACAGAUACCGUCGUACCCGAGGACCGGAGACCUACCACUGUGCCGUCUAGCCCAUCACAAAAGACCAUUCACUUUCACGGGAGUUGAUUACUUCGGUCCGCUAACAGUCACAGUCGGACGAACCAACCAAAAGCGAUACGUAGCAAUAUUCACUUGUCUAACAAUACGAGCCAUACAUCUUGAAAUAGCCGCAUCACUAAACACCCACUCUGCGGUAAUGGCGCUCCGAAGAAUGAUAGCACGACGAGGUUGUCCGACGCAGAUAUGGUCGGACAACGGCACCAACUUAAAAGGAGCAGACAGAGAACUACGCCGAGCCAUCGACGGUGCAACCGCAAAGGAAGCAGCGAACAGAACGAUCUCCUGGAGAUUCAUCCCACCCGGAGCACCGUUCAUGGGAGGUGCCUGGGAAAGGAUGGUGCGCUCGGUAAAGGUCGCGUUAACGGCAACACUCCAUGAACGAAGUCCAACGGAGGAAGUGCUCUCGACGUUAUUAGCUGAAAUAGAAUAUACGGUAAACAAUCGGCCUUUGACUCACGUUUCGGUCAGCGUGGACGACCCCGAAGCCCUAACCCCGAACCACUUACUACUAGGCGGGCCGGGGCGAGUACCAACACCAGGGACAUUUGAUGAAAGAGACACAUUGACGCGAAACAGUUGGAGAGCGGCACAACGACUCGCUGACCUGUUUUGGACGAGGUGGGUUAGAGAGUAUCUCCCCGAGCUGCAGCACCGGCGGGAGCCUCAUGGCCGAGGCAUCCCCGUGAAAAACGGAGAUUUAGUCCAGCUUGUGGACAACAACUUGCCACGAAACACAUGGGUGCGAGGAAAAGUGAUCGCGACGUAUCCAGGACCCGACAACGUGGUGCGCACCGUAGAUAUCAGAACCAAAGGGGGAGUUCUACGGAGACCAGUGCGAAAACUAGUGAUCCUGCCCAUAGAAGACGACCAUCCUGCACCGAGAAGAAAUGCGACGGACUCGCACGGCGGGAGUAAUGUGCAGGACGAAAUCGAUUUUAAAUAG